AUGUCCACCGCCGCAGUUGCUCGACCUCAGACUGCUAGCUUCUCCUCUGGAAGGCAACAACCACUCAUCCGAGCCGCCACCAAGAAAGCCAUGUCCAUCACCCAGACCUACUACCUGGCUCACAAGGCCCGGGCCAAGCUCUCUCGCGAGGCGGCCCAGCCUGAUCACGACCUCCGCCUGCUCGUCGGGCACGCCAACCUGCUUGACUCCCUGAUGCUCGAGCUUGCCGACGCCGAGCGCGAGCAGGAGCGCUGGUUCAACCAGUCGGUUCGCGGCUCUGCCGGCGACAAGGCCGCCGCCCGCCAUGUCCAGUGGGCCGACAGCAUCGCUGAGCAGCCCGAGGAGGAGUACGACUCCGACUCGUCAGACUCCGACUCCGACUCCGACUUUGACUACGAGGACGACGUUGAGAUGACUCCCGCCGUCUCCGCCCGGACGCCGGUCGUCACUUCGCGACCGGUCGCCGCCUACGACGACGAGGAGGAGAUGGGCGACGACCUCGAGGAGGACUACGCCCAGCUCGAGCUCGUCCGGACACCAUCCCACUCCAACUCGCCCCCUGAGCUUCUCGCCGAUCACGACUCGGAAGAGUCUGACGACGAGUCGAUGCCGCCAUCGCCCGCUGACGCCUCGCUGCCCUACACCGAGAAGGAGGCCAAGGAGCAGGGUUCGCUCUACGACGAAGAGUACUACGUCUCGCGGAGGACUCCCGCGGGCCUGGUAUCUGCCAUCUCGGUAUACUAG